UCAUCUGCAUCUUUCUUUUGUUGCACGCGUUUUAAGACUAACAACGCGUGUAUAUUUCGCAGUGUUUCAAUUUUAAAAAUAUAUUUUAAAAUUGAACUUGCUCAAGACUUAUUGUGAUUAUUCUAAAUAUUUUUGACGAAUAUGAGACGUCCUAAGAAGUACGAGUCUGGUGAGGCAGCACAGUAUAUAACUCGUAGGGCUGCGCUACGAAAAUUGCAACUAUCUUUGCAUGACUUCCGACGUCUUUGUAUAAUAAAAGGCGUUUAUCCACGUGAACCUAAGCACCGUCGCCGUGCACAGAAAGGAGCCUCUGAUAUUAGAAUUCUUUACCAUGCGAAAGAUAUACGUUUUCUAAUGCACGAACCAAUUGUUUGGACACUGCGUGACUAUAAGAUUUUUGCCAAAAAAACUGGUCGUGAUCGUGCCAUCAAAGAUUUCAGAAAUUUGAAACGUCGGUUAAAACUAUUUCCAGAAUUAAAGCUUGACCACAUUGUUAAAGAGCGAUAUCCAACAUUUAUUGACGCUCUCAAGGAUCUUGAUGAUUGCCUUACACUUCUAUUUCUGUUCAGCACAUUUCCAUCAUUACGUCUUAUACCGCGUGAACAAUCUGCGCUUUGUCGACGCUUGACUAUUGAAUUUUUACACUAUAUUAUUGCUUCCAAGUCGAUGCGAAAAGUUUUUAUCUCAAUAAAAGGUUAUUAUUUCCAAGCAGAAAUUAAGGGACAAAAAGUUACUUGGAUUAUACCACAUUACUAUCCUUUCAAGCCCCACUCGAAGGCUGAAGUUGACUUCAAAGUCAUGUCAAUAUUCGUUGAGUUUUAUACUAUUAUGCUUGGUUUCGUCAAUUUCCGUCUAUAUAAUAGCAUAAACUUAGCCUAUCCGCCUAAAUUUCCUGCUGAAGUACUCAACGAUACAGAGGAAACACUGAAGGAUGAAGCUAGUUUUGUGUCUGAUCGUAUUGCUGCACUAAACUUGGACUUAAUGCGCACAGACAAGUUGCAAGAAGAUGAGGAAGAACAUGAUCUUGAUUUAGAGUUGUUAGAACAAGACGGUGAUUCCAAGCGGAUACUUAAAAUGAAACAGGAAAAUCAGGAAUUAGCACGUUUACGUACGCUUUUCAAAGGUUUAAACGUUUUUAUUAGCCGUGAGGUACCACGCGAACCUUUAGUGGUGUUGUUGCGUUCUUUUGGCGCAAAGGUAUCAUGGGACUCUACAAUUUUUCCUGGUGCUACAUUCCCUGAGACAGACGAAACUAUAACACAUCAAAUUGUAGAUCGACCUAGUUUACCAAAUCAAUAUUUAUCUCGUGACUACAUUCAACCUCAAUGGGUUUUUGAUUGCAUUAAUCAGCGUUCAUUAUUGGCGACGAAUAAAUAUUUUAUGGGAGAAGUACUCCCACCUCAUUUGUCUCCAUUUGUAGAUGCUAAUCGCGAUGAUUAUAUUCCACCUGAAGAAAAAGCAUUACGUGAUCCAAAACUUAUUGAAUCACAUGAACAAAGUGACGCCGAGUCUUCUGAAAAUGAUGCAGACACUGAUGAAGAAGAUCCCGAAAUGGAACAAAAUCGUAUGGAUGCUCAAUUGCAAUUGGCUUACCAAGAGGAAAAGAUUGAGGGUGAACAAUAUGGUAUGGAUAUUGUGAAUGAGGAUGAAAUUGAUGAAGACCCACAAUCCGAUGAGGAUGACGAUGAUAACGAUGAGGCGCCAACAGUAGACGGAAGAGACAAAGAACGACUUAAGGAGAAAAAGAGUAUGGCCGUGCAAUCUGGUAAAGUUUAUAAAGAAAACAAACGCGCUCAACAUCUGAAAGAGGUAGAAGAGCAUCGUCUUAAAGCUCGCAUGGUGAAGCCACGACAUCGCAAUUUGUUCCGUAAGCUGAUACGUGAAAAACAAGAAAAAGAAAAAUCAGAAUGGUUGCUGAAGAAGAAACGACGUGUAAUUGAAGCAGAAGCAAAAGUUAUCAAGAAAGCUGCCAAGAAAUCCGCAAAAAGGAGCCAAGCGACAAAAACGGCGAAAUAAUCUUUGAAGUGUUUGUUGCUAGUUUCAUAUUAAAUAAGUUGUUAUAUUUUACGGAUAAAAUGUAUCUUGAUACUAUUUACAAUAAGUCACAGAAAUAAUACAAAUUUAACAAAUUUAUUAUA